AUCUGUAUAUAUAUAUACAAAACAAGCGCACAAUAAUUAUCACCAAUCAGUGCACAUCAAAGUAGCCCCCCAAUACCGAAUUUCGGUGACAAAAUGGCCUCCAACGAUAAUCUAGCCAUUCUCAGCGCCCUUGACAAUGCCAAGACUCAGUGGUACCACUUCACUGCGAUCGUGAUCGCGGGGAUGGGCUUCUUCACUGACGCUUAUGAUCUUUUCUGCAUCUCCACGAUCUCGAAGCUCCUGGGCCGCCUUUACUACUAUGAUCCUACGACGACACAGCCCGGGAAGCUCCCUCAUUCUGUGAACAACGCUGUAACUGGUGUUGCACUGGUUGGAACACUGACUGGGCAGCUAUUCUUCGGGUGGUUAGGUGACAAGCUCGGCCGAAAGAAGGUGUAUGGUAUCACCCUCAUCCUGAUGGUCAUCUGUGCCAUCUGCUCUGGCCUCUCGUUUGGCUCCACCUCCAAGUCGGUCAUUGGCACCCUCUGCUUCUUCAGAUUCUGGCUCGGGUUUGGCAUCGGAGGCGACUACCCUCUCUCUGCCACGAUCAUGUCCGAGUACGCCAACAAGAAAACCCGUGGAGCGUUCAUCGCAGCAGUUUUCGCCAUGCAGGGUAUGGGUAUAAUAUUCGCCGGGCUUGUCUCGAUGAUCCUAUCAAGAAUCUUCCUCAGCAAAUACCCGGCCGAUCCGUUCGUUACAGAGCACAUCUUAUCCACGCAACCUGAGGCAGAUUUCCUGUGGCGGAUCGUGCUCAUGCUCGGAGCUCUUCCGGCAUCACUCACUUACUAUUGGCGGAUGAAGAUGCCUGAAACUGGUCGUUACACUGCUCUCAUCGAAGGGAAUGCCAAGCAAGCGGCGGCUGAUAUGGGUCGGGUCCUCGACAUCGAACUCCAAGCCGAACAGGAUAAACUGUCACAUUAUAAGGGAUCCAACGAUUACAAACUCUUCUCCCCAGAAUUUUUCCGGAGACACGGGCUCCACCUGCUCGGCACAGCGAGUACUUGGUUCCUGCUCGACAUAGCCUUCUAUAGCCAGAACCUGACCCAGAAGGACAUAUUCCCAGCUAUGGGCCUCACGGACGAGGCAAAGAACGUCAGCGCCCUCCGCGAAGUGUUCCAAGUGUCCCGUGCGAUGUUCGUGGUCGCCCUGCUCGGUACUUUUCCGGGAUACUGGUUCACAGUCUUCUUCAUUGAGAAGCUUGGCCGGUUCAUCAUCCAGUUGCUGGGUUUCUUGAUGAUGUCCGUGUUCAUGCUUAUAAUCGGAAUCAAAUACGAUUAUCUCAAGGACAAAAGCAACCACAAGGUGUGGCUUUUUGCGGUCCUAUACGGGCUGACCUUCUUCUUCGCUAACUUUGGUCCAAACAGCACGACCUUUGUGCUGCCGGCGGAGCUUUUCCCAACAAGGGUGAGGUCCACGUGCCACGCUAUGAGUGCAGCUGCUGGUAAAGCGGGGGCAAUGGUCGGGGCCUUCGGGAUCCAGUACUAUACCUUGGAUGGGGAAUCAAAGCAAAUCAAGCGAGCAAUGAUGAUCUUGGCCUUCACGAACAUACUAGGGUUUUGCUUCACAUUCUUAGUCCCCGAGACUAAAGGACGCUCGCUCGAGGAGAUUUCGGGAGAGGAUGAAAUCAUGCAGGCGAACAAGACGCAGAUGGCUGAGGGCGAUAGGUCUUCGGGGAUUCAACCAGACAGCGUAUACUCCAGAGGUGUAGCAUUGGGAACUAAAUGAGGGUUUCUAGAUAUCGAAAAGAACCUGCAAGGUGGAUGGAGUUGGAAUAUGGUAAGAAUAAUGGAAAAUGGACAGGAAAUUGUGGUUUGCUUUAGUAUUAUAAUAUAUGAUAAGAUACAUACUACUAAAUAUAGUACACUAUGCGACUAUAAGAGCUAUCAGUGUGUAUGUGUUCUAUGGUGAAAGAAGCAAAGCAUGCAUGAAA